AUGUUAGGACGUCCCAAUAUUGCUAUCGCAGGACUUGCAUGCGAAACCUCUACCUUUUCCCCUGCACGCACACUCGCGCCGGCAUUUCAUCCACGGCGCGGCGAGCAGGUGAUCGAUGAGUACGCUUUUCUUCAUCCCGGGACUCCGCUUGGGAAUUCCGCGAAUUGGCACGGAGCGCUUAUCGGCCAUGCUCUCCCAGGCGGUAUUGUAGCCCGACAAUCCUUUGAGGAACUUGCCAGUGAGAUCAUCACUAGGCUGAUAGAUAUUAAAAAUACAACCAACAUCGAUGGGCUUUGGUUCGAUAUUCAUGGGGCGAUGUGCGUUGAGGGGAUGGAUGAUGUGGAGGCAGAGCUUCUUCAACGGAUUCGAAAAAUAAUAGGUCCCGAUGUCAUGGUAUCGGCAUCGAUGGAUCUGCAUGGGAAUGUUUCUCAUCGACUGGUGCACCAGGUUGAUCUCAUUACUUGCUAUCGGAUGGCACCGCACGAGGACGAACAAGAGACUAAAGAGCGAGCUUGCAAGAAUCUUGUCGACAUGUUGAAAUCCCCAGCUGGACGGCCAGGUAGACCGUUGAAAGCUUGGGUCCCGAUCCCAAUUCUUCUACCUGGCGAACAAACUUCUACACGCAUAGAGCCAGCCAAGUCGCUCUACGGAUUGGUUCCCGUUGUUGAAGCCACGGAAGGGAUUCUGGAUGCCGCAAUUUGGGUCGGUUACGCCUGGGCAGAUGAGCCUCGUAAUCACGCAGUUGUAGUUGUUACAGGCUGGGAUGCAGAUCGAGUCACUGAAGGUGCAAAGAAACUGGCAAAUUAUUUCUGGGACGCACGCGAGGACUUCAAAUUCGUUGCACCUACAGGGUCACUGAUGGAGUGCAUAGAUGCUGCUCUGGUGUCUACCAGUCGACCAUUUUUCAUUUCAGACUCCGGUGACAACCCCACUGCCGGGGGCGCUGGGGACGUGACUUGGAGUCUCAAUCGAAUUCUAGGUCGCCCUGAAUUCAAGCCCUCGUCUGGUCCGACUGUCAUUUAUGCUAGUCUUCCAGGGCCGCGGGCAAUUGAGACCAUUUUACAAGCCGGCCUAGGUGCUAUGGUUACUGUGACAGCUGGCGCUGAGGUCGAUAACCUCCACGAUGGCCCGAUUACUAUGACUGGCAGCGUUCAUGCAAUCAGACAUGGGGAUAGAGAUGCCGUCGUGGAGGCUGUGCUUCAAGUUGGAAGUGUCUUCGUCAUUUUAACCCAGUUACGCAAGCCUUAUCACCGUGAGCAUGAUUUCACUCGCCUCAACCUUGCGCCACGGGAUGCAGAUAUUGUUUUCGUGAAGAUUGGAUAUUUAGAGCCGGAGUUGUUUGAUAUGGCUUCUGAUUGGCUGCUGGCUUUGACACCAGGUGGCGUUGAUCAAGACCUACCUCGCCUCGGGCAUCGUCGCAUUCAUCGCCCAAUGUGGCCAUAUGAUCGAGAGUUUGCCGAGGCACCGGACCUGACUCCUCAACUUAUCCCCUUCUCAAACGAGGCAUUCUAG